GGUCUCUGUUUGCCAACAGUACAGUCGGAAUGGGCUAGAAGUGGAACGAACCGCAGGAGAAUGCGGUCGUCCGCGUCUGUUAGUACAUAUCUUCCAAACCAUGGACGGAACACACACUCCGAUUUGCAAACGGAACACGUAUUGUUGAGAACCGGAGAGGAUACGGAUAACCAGUUCUACAUCACAGACGAAGGAGUCGCGGAUAAAGAGUACACAGGAUCUCUGGGGGGAGAGGAGGAUGCUGGGAGAAUUCAGCAGGAGCACGAUGGGGCAGUGACACACGCCGAGGAGCAGCCUGAAGUCACCAAGUUUGAGUUUGAGAUGGGGGCCCCGGCUGGGGACGUGAAUGAGCUGGGCCUGAUCCGGGUGAUGGACGACGGGGAGGACGUCAAAGACGGGACGGUUAAAAUCGAGAACGACCCGGAGGGGCCUGCCCUGGAGCCCAUUGUUGCGGAACCGUCAGCCUCGCUCCAGCAGAUAUCGCCCCCUGCUGGAGACAGCGGCAGCGGCGGCAGCUUGGGCUUCGCGGCGGCCUCUGCGGAGAACCCCGAUCUGGUGGCCAUGCAGAUGCAGAGGGAGAGCCCCGACAAGGUGCACCGCUGCAACGUGUGCGGCCGCGGGUUCCGCCGCUUCUACUGCCUGAAGACCCACCAGCGCAUCCACACGGGCGAGAGGCCGUACCCGUGCAGGUACUGCGAGAAGCGCUUCCGCCACCUCGACAGCCUGCACAAGCACCAGCGCAUCCACACGGGGGAGAGGCCCUACCGCUGCACCCAAUGCAGCUGCUGCUUUCGGGAGCUGGGGCAGCUGAAGAAGCACAGGCUGACACACUCCCCUGUUCCGCCCCCGCCCCACCCGACGCUCUCCUUACCCCCCGCUGCGCACUCCUACGCCUGGUCUCAUCUCAACUCACAGGCCUUGGAUUCCACUUAA